GUUUUUGGCUGAAAACCAAACACUUGGAGACCAACACAAUUUUUGGCGGGAAGUGUUGGCUUUGGCACAAAAUUUUCAAAGUAUCAUAUUUUAUUUGAACUCUUCUCGAUCAACAUCAAGAAAAGAAACAACCAGAAGCCCUAGAUCUCCAAAUCAUUAGCUAUGGGUAAAGAAGACGGACAAUUAAGUGCGGCGAAGCGAGCAUACAGGAGUGCGAAGGAAGUUGGGAACCGGCAGGAGGAAGCUCGGUGGGCUAACGUGAUAGGGGACAUACUAAAGAACAGAGGAGAGUACGUGCAGGCAAUCAAGUGGUUGCGGAUUGAUUAUGAUAUCUCUAGUAAGUACUUGCCCGAGAAGCAUUUGUUGCCCACUUGCCAGUCUCUUGGGGAGGUCUAUCUUCGCCUUCAUAACUUAGAGCAAGCUUUGAAUUUUCAGAAACAGCAUUUGGAUCUUGCGAAGGAUGCUAAUGACAUCAUUGAGCAGCAAAGAGCUAGUACACAACUGGGUCGUACUUACCAUGAGCUGUUUUUACAAUCUAACGAUAACCACUGUGCACUUAGAAAUGCAAAAAAAUAUUUCAAGUUAGCCAUGAAGCUUGCUCAAACUCUAAAGGAAAAUCCACCAGCUGAUAAAUGCUCUUUCCUUAAAGAGUACAUUGAUGCACAUAAUAAUAUUGGAAUGAUUGAAUUAGACCUUGAUAAUUUGGUACAAGCUGAGAAAAUCCUCACUAAAGGACUAAAUAUCUGUGAUGAAGAAGAGGUCAGUGAAAAUGAUGAUGGCCGGAGCAGGCUCCAUCACAAUCUUGGAAAUGUUUACCUGGAGCUGAGGGAGUGGGAUAAAGCUAAGGAGCACAUUGAGAAGGAUAUCAUAAUUUGUAAUAGAAUUGGCCAUUGCCAAGGAGAAGCAAAAGGGUACAUCAAUCUUGGUGAACUGCAUUAUAGGAUUCAAAAGUAUGAGAAGGCACUUUGUUGCUAUCGUAAGGCACUUGAGUUAGCAAAAUCCAUGGAAGAUGAAGAUGCUCUAGCCAAGCAAAGUAAAGGAAAUAUUGAAACUGUAAAAGCAGCUCUCAGUAUAAUGGAUGAAUUGAAGAAAGAAGAACAGAAUCUUAAGAAAUUAACGAGGAAUAUGGAAAAUGCAAUAGGUACACCACAUGAACGGAAGCUUUUGCUGCAACAGUGUGCAUCACUUGAUUGUCUCAUUGAGAAGUCUAGCAUGAUUGGUGCAUGGAAUGAGCACUGCAGAUAUGCGGAAUUGAAGAAGAAGAUAGCAACAAAACUUUGUGACAAAGAGAAAAUUGGUGAUUCAUUUCUGGUUCUUGGUGAGUCAUACCAGAAGCUCAGAGACUUUGAUAAAGCCAUUGAAUGUGUCAUAAAGAGCUGGGAGACAUAUACGUCAAUUGGUAACUCGGAGGGUCAAGCAUUAGCUAAAAUUAGCAUUGGCAAUAUUUUGGACUCUAUUGGUGAUUGGCUGGGAGCACUAAAUGCAUUUGAAGAGAGUUAUAGGAUUGCAGUUGAAGCUAAAUUUCCCUCUAUUCAACUUUCAGCACUAGAGAAUAUGCACUACAGCCACAUGAUAAGAUUUGAUAAUGCUGAAGAGGCCAGGAGGCUCAAUCAUGAAAUUGUAAAGUUGGAGAAACAAAGGGAGCUUGAAAUGCAGAAUUUUGCAAGAGAUUGCUGCUCUGAAACUGAUACAGAUGGGGAUAAUCAUAUGUCAGAUAUUUUAUCUAAUGCAUCUGACCCACUCCAAAUUAGCAAAUCCAGUUCUACAAAAUCAAAAUUCUUAGACAGUGAGUUACAGCUGAAGGGUGAUGAUGAUGAUGUCCCUUUAACUUCAUUUUUUCAUUUGAGUAAAAGUUUAUCUAGAAAAAAACCAGCUCAUGGAGAAAACUCCGAUACUUCUUAUACACCUGCUGCAGCUUCUAAAAAAUGUAUGUCUAAAAGAACUAGUAAUCAGCAGACAGUUGUUGGUCGUAAACGCGUUCGAAUGGUAGUCCUUUCAGAUGAUGAAGAUGAAAUGUAUGAUGAGGACUGCCACACUGGAAGUUCGAAUAGAUGCCUAGUAAAGGAUGUUGCUGAUGAAUUUAAGAAGAGAAACAAUAUGGCUACAUCAGGGCACAAAUUUCAGGAUUUAUCAAGGGUUGCAUCUGAAUGUGCUGCCAGUUCCUGCAGUCCUGUUAAUAUUGAAAAAAACAAUUGUUCAGAUAAAUCUCUGAGUCCUAAAAUUCCAACUCAUACUGGAAAAGUGUUCAGAUCUUUGAGUGCUGAAGAAGUGGCUUUUGCAUCUGAUUUUGCUACUAGUGGUUCUAAUUGUGAUAUUGAGAUCUCUGGAAGCCUAAUGCAUAAACAUAAUGAUACCCCUCUCAAGUUGCAUAACUCUGCUAAUGACAACUGUGAAUGCAUCAUGUUCAGAAUUGAUGAUGUCCUGAUAAAGGUUGAUGGAGAUUCGUUUUUGGCUGUUGAUGGAUUGAAUAUUGAGUCUAUGAAGGUUGAGCUAGCUUGUCUAUACUAUUUGCAGCUCCCUAAGGAGAAGAGGUCAAAGGGUCUUUUGCCCAUCAUUCAUCAUAUGAAAUGUGCCGGAAAGGUUCUAGAAUCCUUGGAAGCAAUCAGAACACUUAAAGAAGAUUUAAGAAAUCUUCUGAUUGAAGUUUCUGUUAAUGGAUGGGUUCAAAAGCGUUUGAUGCAACUGUACAUUGACAUUUGCAACCAUUUAUCUGAGGCACCCAAUAUGAAAUUGCUUAAAAAACUAUACAUUUCAGAGGUUGAGGAUGAGAUUAUUGUGUCAGAAUGUGAAUUGCAAGAUGUAUCAAUAACUCCAUUGUUGAAUGCCUUGCAUACACACAAGGCAGUUGCCAUGCUAGAUCUUUCUCAUAAUUUAUUAGGAAAUGGAACAAUGGAAAAACUUCAACAAUUUUUCACUUCAGGACAGAGAUAUGGUGACUUGGCUUUGGAUUUGCAUUGCAAUCGGUUUGGUCCAACUGCUUUGUUUCAGAUUUGUGAAUGUCCAGUGCUCUUUACACGACUGGAAGUACUUAAUGUCUCUGGAAAUCGUCUCACUGAUGCAUGUGGAUCUUAUCUUUCAACCAUAUUGGAAAACUGCAGAGCACUUUAUAGCUUGAAUAUAGAGCGAUGUUCUAUCACAUCAAGAACAAUCCAAAAGGUUGCUGAUGCACUAAAUUCUGGCUUGGUCUUGGCGCAACUGGCUAUAGGGCAUAAUAACCCUCUCUCUGGAAAUGCUAUCACUAACCUAUUAGAGAAACUUGCUACUCUGAAAAGCUUUGCUGAGCUGAAUCUGAAUGGAUUGAAGAUAAAGAGGCCCGUCAUUGAUAGCCUUUGUCAACUUUCUACAAAAUCAUGCUUGUCAAGAUUAAUGCUCGGAAGCACUGGCAUAGGAACUGAUGGGGCAGUUCAACUAAUGGAAUCAUUAUUCAGUUGGUCUCAAGAGUCUGUGAAACUCGACCUGUCAUAUUGUGGACUAAGAACCGCAUAUAUUCAUAAACUUAACACUGAGGAUACUCUGAUUUGUGGAAUUAUAGAGUUGAACCUGGAAGGAAAUCCUAUUUUGCAAGAGGGUACAAGUGCAUUAGUCUCCUUGCUUAUGAAUCCACAAUGUUCUCUGAAAGUUUUGGUCCUAAACAAAUGUCAGCUUGGGCUCACUGGAGUUCUUCAAGUGAUACAGGCACUAUCAGAGAAUGAUAAUCUAGAAAAGCUAUAUCUGGCUGAUAAUGCUGAACCAGAAAAAAACUACAUGCUGGAAUACAACUCAACAGCCAAACAAAGUUCAGAUAUCCUGCAGCAAAACUUCAACACACCUGAAUCUUCUUCAAAGAUGAUUGCACCUAAAGAAGUUGACAGCAACCAGCAGGUUUCAUGUUCUGUGAACACUGACUGCAAUCAGCUAGAAGUUGCUGAUAGUGAAGAUAAGCUGAUUGGGGUAGAAGCUGGUCCUGAAGUUGAAGACAGCUGCACAAGCUCAUGUCAAAAGGAUUCAUCUUCAGAAUGCCAAUUUAUUCAAGACCUCUCAACAGCCAUCAGCAUGGCAAACCAUUUGCAGUUAUUGGACAUAAGCAAUAAUGGUUUCUCAAAUCUUGUUGCAGAAGCAUUAUACAAGGCAUGGUCAUCUAGAGUGGGAACUGGUUCAGCUUGGAAGCACAUUAAGGACCAGAUAAUCCAUUUCUCAACGGAAAUGAACAAGUGUUGUAGGUUAAAACCUUGCUGCAGAAGGGAUUAAUUGCUUGUUACAAUACCCAGAAGUAAAUCAUAGGAAAUCUUAAACAUUUUUGUGAUUUUUAGGUGCCUUAAACUGAAUAAUUGAACCAAAUUAUCUAUGUUUUAGAUUGUUGUAAUUAUAUGAUUGUAUAAUUGAACCCAAUUAUCUAUCGAUUGAUUUGUAAAAAAUUUAGUUGUUCAUGAGAAAGCAAAGGGGAAUUUGAUGAACUUCAAUUGAGCAACUAAUUAGUCA